AUGGAUGACCUAGAAGCAGAAAUUCAAAUUGGUAACAAAAUCACGUCGAAUGGAUCGAUGGAAGGAAGUUUCCAAAUGCAUCGGUCCGCUGGGCUGAUCUUCAGUCAGAAAGAUGGGAUGAGCCGCAUCAGGUCAAUACCUUCUAGCCCUUCAACUCCACCUCCAAGCCCUUCAUCUCCACCUCCAAGCCCUUCCUCUCGACAUCUAAGCAGUUUGAAGAAGAAUAACUUGAUGAUUCAACACUCAACAGUCCUUGUACAUGUGCUGAAGGCUGAAGCUAGGCGAGUAAUAAAUGACUCGGUUCCUUCCUUGGUCCAAAAUUUUGAAUGCGAUCGUGAAAGGUCCAUGACUCCAGGCAAGUUGAGUGAAUUGACUCCAAAGGUAAAUGUUCAACAAAUUUUUCCAGAAUCUUAUUUGGCUGUGAAAACAUUCCAUAAAAGAAAAUGUGACUUUAGUUCGGUUUUAAACAAUAAUGAAAUUGUAUAUGUUUUGGUUUUUUCCGAUCAGUUGUAA